UUUAACUGAUAUAAAUUUAACAGUUUCUUGUUCUUUAACCAGGCUUGCGAUUUCAAGAUUAUCUAUACAACAAAAGCUCUCUUUGACUAGGUUGGUGAUUCCAACAGUACCUUCGCUUACAAAUUGCUCUCUUGACUAG